AUGGGGCGGAGGACCAAGCCGUCGUCGUCGUCGUCAUUCUGGUACUCCUCGCGGAGCCGUUCCUCCUCGGCCCCUGCCACGCCGAGGCCGGAACCUGCGACGGCGACAGGAGAGCCACCCGUCGGGUGCAUGUCCAUGGUGCACUACCUCAUCUUCGCGCCGGGCGCCGGCUGCGUCGGCCGCCCGCCCACUUCCUCCUCCAACGCCAUCGUCACGCCGCACGGCUGCCACGGCCUCGGCGGAAACGCCACCAGUAACCACCGGGGCGACAGCAGCAGCAGCAGCAAGAGCGGAUUCGAGGCGCCCAGGAACAGCCUCGACCUCGACGCCGACAACCCCAACGACAUCCAGAUCGAGCCGGUGUUCGACGCCCUCGCCAGCACGACGACCAGCAUGCGCCGCUCCACCAAGCCCACCGCGCCGUCGUCCGAGGCCGAGACGCCCAGGACGCCCAGCCUCGUCGCGCGCCUCAUGGGCAUCGACGGCCUGCCGGAACAGCAGCCGUCUCCACCGCCGGCGCAGCACAAGAAGCAGCCCGGUCGCACUGGCAGAAGAUCAACUGCCUCGACGGGCAAGGAGAACAGCAGCUGCGGCUCCCCGCCUGCGUCCAAGGCGGAGAAGAAGAAGCGCGUGAUCCCGGAGUCCAUGAACCGGCGGGAGCCGCUGCGCAGCCUCAGCUGCAACGUCGUCGGCGCCGAGGCCCGCUCGCUGCCGGAGCCGGACACGCCGCGCGCGUCCACGUCGGCGCGGGCGUCGUGGGACGGGCCCAGGCUGUCGCUGCAGGCGCUCAAGGAGAACGUCCUCGACCGCGCCGCGCACUACAUGUCCAUGCCCAGCUCGCCCACCUCCUUGUCUUCUUCAGCCAAGAAGAAGAAGAAGAAGGAUGCUGCCUGCAGCCGCCGACGCCGGGACGAGAAGGCGGCCAAGGAGCACGCGCGCGAGAUCCUCCGCCAGGCCAAGGAGACGGUCGCCAGCCGCAAGUCUGGCAACAACAGCACAUCCGCGUCGCCGGCAGCUGAGAAGAGGACGAGCUGCUUUAACAACAAGGAGAACGUGAUGAUGAGUAAUCCUGCAGCUCCAGCUCCCGCUCCUGCCAUGGAGGUCCAGAAGCUGUCUGUCGUGUUUCAACAAACUGCCAAGCCGACGACGGUGGCCCCAAAGCCAAGCGCCGAGCAUCACAGCCCCAGGGUGGCACUGGCGCCGAGGCAGCAGCAGCAGCCAUCGUCCCCUCCGCCACCGCAUCGGGCGAAGCCGUCGCGGCCGCCGCCGCCACCGCCGCCACUCGACCCGACGCCCACCCGAGCGAGGAAACCGGACGGGUGCGAGCGCUUCGCCACGCGGAUCAAGAAGCCCGCGGCGUGCCCGGCGUCCGCGCCGACGACGUCGUCGUCGUCAUUGCCGACGGACUGCUGCUCGGCCCGCGCCCGCGUUUCCUCGUCGCCGCCGCUGGAGGAGGACCCCGAGUACAGCUACCUGCGGACGGUGCUGGAGCGCGGCGGGUUCAUGCGGUCGUCGACGCCGCCUCGGCGGCCGGGGCGGGGCCACUCCGUGGCGUCGCCGGUGGACCCGAUCGUGUUCCACCUCCUGGAGCUGGAGCUCCCCGCGGACGAAGCACGUCUAGGCCCUCUCCGGCACCGGUGGAACCGGAAGCUGUUGUUCCACCUGGCGCAAGAGUAG